CUAGGCUGCCGCAAACGUCAUCAGAAAAGGAGACGGAGGAGGCGGCGUCUGUACGCACAACGUCUUUACGCACAGCGUCACUGUGUGUCAUCGGAGCGGUGCGCGCGGGAGCUUUGGUUAUCGAACAGCCGAGUUAGAGGGAAACAAGAAGGCAGCCGCAGCUUUCCACACUCGGACCAUGGCUAUGAGGAGCGAGGCCAGGGCGGAGGCGGAGGUGGAGGCGGAGGAGGAAGACGCCUACGGGCCGCAGCCUCUGUGCAGACUGGAGCAAUGUGGAAUCAGUGCCAGUGACAUCAAGAAGCUGGAGGACGCGGGUUUCCACACCAUCGAGGCAGUGGCCUACGCACCCAAGAAGGAGCUGCUCAACAUCAAGGGCAUCAGUGAGGCCAAAGCUGACAAAGUUCUAGCUGAAGCUGCCAAACUUGUGCCGAUGGGUUUCACCACAGCUACUGAGUUCCACCAGAGGAGAGCAGAGAUCAUCCAGAUCUCUACAGGCUCCAAGGAGCUCGACAAACUCCUGCAGGGAGGGAUUGAGACGGGCUCCAUCACAGAGAUGUUUGGAGAGUUUCGGACAGGGAAGACCCAGCUGUGCCACACACUCGCUGUCACCUGUCAGCUGCCCAUUGAUCAGGGGGGUGGAGAAGGUAAAGCCAUGUACAUCGACACAGAGGGAACCUUCAGACCAGAGAGACUCCUCGCUGUAGCUGAGAGGUAUGGGCUGGUAGGCAGUGAUGUUCUGGACAACGUGGCCUACGCCCGAGCCUUCAACACAGACCAUCAGACCCAGCUGCUAUACCAAGCCUCCGCCAUGAUGGCUGAGUCCAGGUAUGCUCUGCUGAUAGUGGACAGCGCCACAGCUCUGUACAGAACAGACUACUCCGGCAGAGGUGAGCUGGCGGCCAGACAGGGCCACCUGGGACGCUUCCUCCGCAUGCUGCUGAGGCUGGCAGACGAGUUUGGUGUUGCCGUGGUGAUAACCAACCAGGUGGUAGCACAGGUGGAUGGGGCAGCCAUGUUUUCUGCAGAUCCCAAGAAACCCAUUGGAGGCAACAUUCUGGCUCACGCCUCCACCACACGACUGUACCUGAGGAAAGGCAGGGGAGAGACCAGGAUCUGUAAAAUCUACGACUCGCCCUGCCUGCCAGAGGCCGAAGCCAUGUUUGCCAUUAACGCCGAUGGAGUGGGUGACGCCAAGGACUGAGCUGGCAGAGAGGCAGGAAGCAGCGGGGGGGACUGUCACACCUGCUGACUCACUCUUGGACUAAAGGGUUGUGUGUGCGGUGUUCGGCCUCAGGCUGAUGUGGUCUGAUGCUGGCUGAGGCGGAGCCGACAUGUUUCCCGCCUGCAGAUCUGCAACAGCAAGAUGGAACGUUUCGUUUUCUGCAAACUUCAAACUGUGGCGCAUUGCACUCUGCAACGGGAAAAGAGUUCCUGCAAUUAUGACAGGCUAUCUCAUAAUUACACGCUCAGUAUCUCAGUUAUGACUUAGUAUCUCCAAAAUCUCAUAAUGAUCUUUAAUAACGAGCCAUAAUUGCGUUACGGAAUAAAAAUGAAAUCUUCCUUAAUUUCGAGAUCUUUAUUACGUAACGACCGAUGAGCUCAUAACUGAGAUGCAGCCGGAUCAGAGAGGUCUCCUCUUUCCUCUCCUGAAUGCAGUGCGCCUCUGUAGUUCCACCUGUGGAGUGGUCAAACUUUUAGUUUCUGUUAACUUUCUUUCUGGAGUUCCUGCUGAGUGGUUUUCUGAGAAUGCUGUUGAAACAUUAUUUUGCACUGAAGCAUUCCUACAAAGUAACGUUUCAUCUGUCCGCCCCUUUCCUGUUUGGUUACCAGAACCUUCUGUACAUAAGCUUCGGAUAAAUUAAAUUUGUUCUCAUUUGUUAGCA